AUGAAUUUUUCAUUUUCAUCGAGUACCAGUUUUAACGAAAAUGAAAUAUCUUUUAUUAGCUCGAAAAUCCCGCAAAAAAGUGAAGAUUGGACCAUUGAGGAGAACGCUCUAUUUGAGAAAGCUAUUGGAGAUCAUAACAUUGAAUUCCCAUAUAUAUUUAACAAGAUUGCUUCAAUCAUCCCUGGAAAAACCAUCGAACAAAUUAAAGAACAUUACAAAGCAUUGGUAGAGGAUGUCGACAUGAUCAAAUCGGGUCAUGUUCCUUUACCUAACUAUACAGAGAUUGAUAAUAACAAGCCCAAAUCAGCUUUGAGAAGAGAAAGAAAAUCGACACAAGAACAGAAGACGAAGUCCAUUCGUUGGACCAAGGAAGAACAUGAGUAUAUACAUAAAUAUUUGUUUAAUUACUUGCACUCUUUUCUUCGGCCAGCGGUGGAAGAACGGGGUAUGCCGAUACCGCCUUCGUCCUCCACAGCCUUCCGCAUCCCACUUGUCCAUGCGUUGUCGCCUCCUCCUCCGCAAUGCAAGGGCUGGACUCAAUGA